GAAUUGCAUUCGAUGUCUUUGAAAAGUGACUUGCAAUACGCUAUUUGACCAGCCAGUGACUCUGUUGAACAUUGCCACAAGUCAUUAAAUGAAACAAGAAGAAGAAAACGCGCCUUCUGAUUGGCUGGAACCUCCCGGAAGUAACGUCACAAUAACACGCAGGUUUUCGGUGGGAAAAUGUUUUCUCCAAUAUGUGACAUUUAUAAUAUUACUGCAUAACCUCCUGUUAAGAGUAAGCAAGUAUAUGCUAAGCGAAUGGUGAUUUAAUUGUAGAUUUGAAUGCCGUGAAUUUUCUGGUUUAAUCGGGAUAGAAAGUUUACUCCCUAUUGUUUGCUAGCAGGAGACAAUUGUGACGUGUUCUUGUGCACAAAGUCACAUUUUUUGUCACGCGGAUGCAUGGUUAGCGCUUAACCUUACAAAACAUUUGUUAAAGCAUAGUUAAAAAGUGUCAACAAUGCCCGAAAUCAAACUGCAGCACGUUGUGUCGUGUAGCACCGAGGACAAUACUCACAAGGCGGACAACUUGCUGAGCUCGGACACGUACAGAAAAUGGAAAGCCGCCCGAGCCGGAGAGAAGCAGACGUCAGUCAUUCUGCAGUUUGAGAAGGAGGAGCAGGUGCACAGCAUUGAUAUUGGAAAUGAAGGGUCGGCGUUCGUCGAGGUUCUGGUGGGGAACUCCUCCGCCACCAGAGAGCAGGACUAUGAGGUGCUACUGGUCACUUCGUCCUUCAUGACACCCACAGAGAGCCGUAACGGCACUAACAUGAGCAGGGUACGCUUCUUUGGACCUGGACAGCUCCAGAAGAGUACGGCGCAGGAGAAGUGGGACCGAGUGAAAAUUGUAUGCAGCCAGCCUUACAGUAAAAACAUAGCGUACGGCCUGGCCUUUGUCAAGUUUCAUUCGCCUUCGGACAAAAAUGACCCUCCAGUGACCUCCCCGAAGUUGACCAAACUGGGUCAGUUCCGGGUGAAAGAUGACGCUCCCGCCUCAGGCUCUAGCAUCCAACCCGGCAGUCUCUUCUUCAGCGCCAAGUCCAAUACUUCCCCCAAAGCGUCACCACAGAGUAACAAGUUGAGCUACGCUGCCGCCGCCCUGCAAGCCGCCGGGCCUGCCGCCCCACCUGCCGCGCCUCCAUCGUCGUCCACCCCACCACAGGCACCUGCAAAGAGAAAGUUUGAGUUUAGCAAGGAGCGUGAGUCAGUCCCCGGUCCCCCCCACCCCAAGAAAAGCAGCACAGGAAGCUCGCCGGAAUUCAAACCCGCAACUCCCAAAGUCAAGACUGGCACGCCGAGCCCCAGCAGCUCCAAAGCCUCAGCGAAGGUGUUUGCCGAAAAGAGGCAUGAGGGUUUGCCCAAAACCAAAGAGCAGCCAUCCAAAGGCGUCAAGAGUCCGGAGAAAGUGGCCUUCAAGCGCAUCAUGGAGGGAGUGGUGUUUGUCCUCAGCGGUUUCCAGAAUCCCUUCAGGGGGGAGCUGAGGGAGAAGGCUCUGGAGAUGGGAGCCAAGUACCGGCCGGACUGGACGCCCGACUCAACGCACCUCAUCUGUGCUUUUGCAAACACCCCCAAGUACAGCCAGGUGAAGUCGGCAGGGGGCAUGAUCGUGCGCAAGGAAUGGGUGAUUGACUGCCAUAAAAGAAAACAGAAACUCUCCUACAAGAGCAGUUAUUUGAUGGAUUGCGCAGAGUCGAGCUCAGAGAGCGAAAUGGAGGCAGACGACCAGAGUGAGGAGGAAGUCAGCUUAAAGACGCCGCAGAAACAGCCCAGACAAGUCUCUCCCAAAAAGGAGGCAGAGAUGAGGAACAUAGACGACGAGUACGCCGGCUCCACUGAUGUGGACGAUGAGCCAGGCGGUGCCGAGGAUUCUGCCGCUGACACAGAGGAUGAACUUCAAAGGGUGGAGAGCGAGAACAGUCAAAAGAAGACUAAAGCGGUAAAGCAGCAGCAGCAGGAGGAGGAUCCCUAUGGCGGGUCCACAGACGAGAACACUGACGCGGAGCAGGAGCAGGAUCAUCCCAUCCCGGCUCUGCCGGACUACCUGAACGGGAAGCACUUUUUCCUGUACGGAAAAUUUCCCAACAACGAGAGGAGACUACUGACACGCUACAUAGCCGCCUUUAACGGCGUACUGGAAGACUACAUGUCUGACACGGUGCACUUUGUGGUGACCGGCGAAGGAUGGCACGACUCCUUUGAGGACGCGCUGAUGGACAACGGCAACCUGAACUUCGUCAAGCCCGGUUGGAUCUACGCCAUCAACCAGCGUCAGAAGCUACUGCCUUACCAGCCAUACACCGUGGUGCCGUGAAAAGUCUGGCUUUUUUUUGUUUUGUUUGUUUUCAUGAACUACCUUUUAAAUGUUUCAAGUUGUUUGGCUACGUUUUACCUGUAAAAAUCAUAUCUGCAUCAACUUGUUAUUUUGUUUGUUUGUUUUUGGGGAGGACUUUACUUGGCCUGCCUCUGGCAACCUUGUCUGGAAAAUUCAUCACGGCUGCGACUGUCGCCGGCGGCGCUGAUAAGAGGUUUUUAUGAGGCCACCAAAAAGUCAGGUGAAAGGUUGUGGUUAUUUCGCCUUUUUUUUUUUCCCCUCCACUUUCUAUGAGAGGGCUGCCUAAGAUUCGAUGAAAGUGGCUUUGUGGUACUUUUUGUGUAAUAUUGUGCGCUCGAGACGACACAGGCUCAACACAUCUUGGCUGUCUUUCUAAUUUGUUUAAAUAAACAAAGUAGAUUUUGAAUUAAAGGUGCCGUUUAUGUGACUUUUAUACCCCUCCUGUAUAUUUAGGAACUGUUUGAUAGAGACUAUGGAGAGCCUAAAAAAAUGCAAGGUGUUUUGCCUUUUAUGUUGUCUGGGAAUUCGUUUUUUUAUUUUUUUUAUGAAUUUGGUCCAUUUUAGAAAAAUCGAAUUUCUUUUUUUGUCCAUUUCUGUAGAUAUUUGAAUGGAAAUGUUUGUAGUUUUUUUCCCAUUUGUAUGCAAAUUUAUUUGUAAAUUUUGUGGGAAUUAUGUUUAGUGUUUGUCCAUUUGUGAUUUUCAUAUCAAUAUUGUGGGAAUGUAUAAGUUUUUAUGGGAAUUUCUGUCCAUUAUUUUAGUUGGAGUUUGUCUUUGUGGAAAUUUUGUUUUUGUUGGUCAUUUUUGUCCAAUUGUGUGUGAAAUGUUUGUGGGAAUCUGUCAAUUUUGGGGUGAUUUGUCACUGGGAUAUUCUUUGUCCAUUUUGGACACAUUCGUUUUGUCAAUUUUGAAAUUCUUUCCAUUUUUCUGGAUGUUCAUAUCCAUUUCAGUGGGAGAUUUUGCCCAUUUCGGUGGGUGUUGGCAGAGAACUUUUGAGUUUUGAGUAUGUUUUUUUUUUUUUGGUGCAAAUUUGUCCAAUUUUGUAGGAUUUUUGGUCCACUUCCGAGGAUAUAUAUAUAUAUAUAUAUAUAUUCAAUUUCUGUUGGCAUUUUUGCAUAAUUUGGGGCAAAGUUUUCUCUAUUUUUAUGUAGGAUUGUUCUCCGUUUUGUCGGAAUUUUGUCCCUUUUGGGAUUUUUUUCCUAUUAUGUUUGUUUUGUCCAUUUGUGUGUGGGUGUUGUCCCUUUUCUUUGCAGCUCCCUUCCCUGUUGUUUCUAAAUGAACUCUCUAGAACUCAUGUAGGUGGUCUCCUCUUCAUCAGAGGGGAUUAGGAAGAAGCUGUGAGGCGCAGGAGAGACUCAACCAGCGGAAAACAUGAAGUUUGGAUUCGCAUUAGCAAUGAAACUGUUAUUACAAUUUUUUUUUUAAAGUCUACCGUUAUUGGUUUGUAUUUUAUAUAGACGAGUUUAAAGGAUUUAAUGAAUAGUUAGGAUUAUUUAUGGUCUUUUAUCCGCAGAGUAUGAAAGGCAACGUGUAAAUUGUGCAGCUCACAUGAUUUUUAAAAAGCUGUUUAUGCCUUUACCGUUAUGCAGGAAGCGUACUGUAUUUCACUGGACCACCACCAUUUGCUCUAUCAAUAAGAAUUGCAUUUUAUUUAAAUCAAUAUCUUUUUGAAAAUAGGACUUUAAAGUUUGGCUGUUUUAGCAUGGGAGACAUUUACCCAUAUAAAACCAAGAUGAAUAAAAAAAUGGUUAAAUUAGAAAAACAA